AUGGAUUUGCAACAGUCAGCUGGUACUGCUAGCAACAUGAAUGGUUCUGUCGCAGGUGACUACGAAGCGCAGUUGUCAAGUUCUGGUGGGAAACGUGGUGGUUGGUUUACCUUUGUCUUUGUUUCAGCAACUUUGACGGGGUUGAUCAUUGCUGGUUGGGGAUGGUUGACGAAUUUGAUUGUGUACUUGAUUGAGGAAUUCAAUGUCAAGAGCAUUGACGCUACUCAGAUAGCGAAUGUGAUCAACGGUUCCAUCAAUAUAAUUCCGAUUAUUGGAGCAGUCCUGGCUGACUCUUUCCUUGGCUCUUUUCAUGUUGUUUCAAUUUCUUCAGCUUUCUCUUUGCUGGGAAUGAUUGUUCUAACCUUAACAGCAACAUUCAGCUCCUUGAGACCUCAACACUGUGAAACUGGAUCAAGUUUGUGCCAUGGUCCAUCAAAACUUCAAUUAGCUGUUUUGUAUACGGGUAUCACUUUGGCAUCCGUAGGCCUGGGGGUGGUACGCUUUACUCUAGCAACAUUAGGAGCUAAUCAAUUUGAUAAUCCAAAGGAUAAAGGAAUUUUCUUCAACUGGUUCUUCUUUUUCUUUUAUGCUGGUUGUGUUAUAAGUUCUUUAGUCAUCGUCUAUGUUCAGGAUAGUAUUAGCUGGGGAUUGGGAUUUGGCAUUUGUGCUGCUGCUAAUUUUAUUGGUUUGGCCAUUUUCUUCGUGGGAAACCGUUUCUAUCGGCAUGACAAGCCACAAGGAAGCCCUUACACGAGUUUAGCUCGUGUGGUUGUUGCUGCUGUACGAAAGAGGAACAUCUUGCUUUCAUCUGACAGUAAAGAUUAUUGCCACGAGAAUGAUGGAACAAUUAAAACCGCAGCUGCAACGCCUAAACGUAGCUUCAGGUUCUUGAACCGUGCAGCACUGAAAACUGAAGGAGACAUCCAUUCAGAUGGAUCAAUUGCCGAGCCUUGGAGAAUAUGCUCAGUCCAACAAGUGGAAGACCUGAAAACUCUUAUCAGAAUUUUCCCAAUAUGGGCAAGCACGGUAUUUUUAGCAGUCCCUAUUGCAAUCCAGACCAACAUGACAGUUCUCCAAGCUCUAGCCAUGGACCGUCACCUUGGGCCCAAUUUCAAGAUACCUGCUGGAUCUAUCGUAGUCGUGGUUUUAAUCACCACAGCUGUCUUUAUUGCCCUGUUAGAUCGGUUUCUAUUCCCCAAUUGGCCGAAGCUGACUGGCCAGUCGUUAACACCCAAGCAACGAAUCGGAAUAGGCCAUGUGUUCAAUAUACUGAGCAUGGCAAUAUCGGCCCUGGUGGAGUCAAAGAGGCUGAAAAUAGCCCAUGAUCACCACCUCCAGGAUCAGCAUGGUGCCAUAGUGCCUAUGCUAUCUUUAUGGCUGUUUCCACAACUCAUUGUGGUUGGGAUUGGAGAAGCAUUUCAUUUUCCAGGAAAUGUUUCAUUGUACUAUCAAGAAUUCCCUGUCUCAAUGAAAAGCACAGCAACUUCCAUGAUUUCUAUAGUCAUUGGGAUCGCUUUCUAUGUGAGCACAGCUCUGGUUGAUCUGAUCAGGAAUGUUACAGGAUGGUUACCAGAUGACAUAAACGAUGGAAGGCUAGACAAUGUUUAUUGGACCUUUGUCGUGUUGGGGUCACUGAAUUUUGGUUAUUAUUUGGUGUGUGCUAAGUUUUACAAAUAUCAAAAUAUUGAACUGGAGGUGGAAGGUAGUUCCCAGCUUUGAUAAGUGAGGGAAAAACAAACCAGCAGACUUCAUUGUAGAUUUUUUCCAUACGAUGAAAUAUUUACAUGUAAUGAUUUUAUAUAGUAUAAAAUAACAUGUUUUAAAUUUAAGAUUGUUAUUUUAUGUAUUAUGGGCUGGAAAUCACUCAAAACGCACUUUCUUAAUGCAUUCUGAUGCAAUGUUUUUACGAUAAAAGUGCAUUCUCCACAGUUCAGUAUUGCCAAUGUUUUUUUUUCUGUAGUUUAACUGUUUCUGACAUGUUGCAAAAUCCUGAUUACUUCUUUAA